UCCGCUUGGGGGAAGAACGUUACGCUUGUUGAAUAAUUUUGAGAACUACAGACCAAUAGCUCCAGUAGACGUUUAUUUUUUAAACUGAGCUGCUACAUUUAAUCUUUGCAGGUACCUCUAAAAUGUGAACAUGAGUCGUGUUUCUUGACAAGAGGUGUCGCUGUACAGUCUCUCCGAACAUGGCUGCUCCAGCGGAGCGCCGGACGUGGAGGGAGCCGCUUGACUCCCAGCUCCACUUCCCCGGAGACCCGUACUCUGUAUCCGUACUUAAAGUGGGUUACUGCCAGACCCAGAAGGAUGGCACGUUUCGAGCAGACGGAACUAUCAGUCUCAUAACGGGUCCAAAAACCAUUUUGGUGGACACCGGAGGAGCCUGGGAUCGGGACUUCCUUCUAAACUCCCUGUCGGAAAGGGGCGUCAGACCGGGGGACAUGGACGUCGUGGUGGGGACUCAUGGACACUCGGACCACGUCGGAAAUUUGAAUCUCUUCCCUUCAGCCCUAGUGAUUGUUGGGAAUGACAUCAGUGAGGGAGACACGUACCGACCGAACCAGUUAUCCGAGGGCGUCGCCUUCAUCUUGGAUGAACAUGUGUCUGUAGUUCCUAGUCCUGGUCACACAGGACAAGAUGUUAGUGUCCAGGUGAAGGGAGCCUGUGCAGGAACUGUGCUCGUGGCAGGAGACUUGUUUGAGAGCUGCAACGAUGAAGACACCUGGCGCGGACUGAGCAUGAACCCUGUAGUGCAAGAAGUCAGCCGCCAGAGGGCGUUGCAGACCGCCGACGUCAUCGUCCCUGGGCAUGGUGCCCCGUUUCGCGUUUUCAGCAGGUGACACGGCCGUCAUGGACAGCACAUCCGUGGCUUACGUAACAACGUGAUGGAACUGAACUGAAGCUCUCUGCGAUGUCGUCACACUGGUUGUCUGAUGACUCACUUGAGUCAGGCUGUAUUUUUAGAGUUGUAUUGAUCCCGAGUGGGUUGUCUUAUCUAUGAUGAUGGAAACUACAACUCGUGGGAGAGGUGAACCCAUCUUUGUCUGUCCCGCAAAGUUCUACUAUUAAAUGAGUUAAGAUGGCCCUCAAGUUUGCGAUUACCAAAACAUUCUUACCAGGAGCGCUGUUUAUAGUUCUCAGAAGAAAGAUUUUUCACUUUUUAUUUUCAAAAAUGGUUCAUAAUUUUAAUAAAAAUUCUCUUAAGGACU